CGGCUCACCGGACGAGUUGUCACGGCAACUGUACAGCAUGUGCUUACAAAAACAAGCGCUUGACCGUUCACCGACAGUUUUCUCGACAAUCUAACGCUGCGACGCCAUCUUAUUCAUCCAGCAGUUGUCAGUGGAGGACACCCGAGACGCUCGUCUCAACCGAGGGGAAGCCCGGAGACAGGCAACCAUGAGCGGAGCCGAAGCCCGCAGCGACGCGCCUGUUGCUGAAAAUGUCCCCGGUGGCGGACACGUCACCGCGGCUCCUCCGCGGGACCGCAAGCCAGGCGCGGGGCUUCUGAAGAGGCUCAAGUCCCGGAGGAACCAGAUGGAGAGCAGGCCCGUGACGGAGGAAGACCUGCAGACACAAAGUGGACACAUCACGCCCGAGGACGUGUUUGGACUGCGGGUCGCCGCGCGAGGGUACCUCUGUAAACCUCAGGACAAUAUUUAUAACAUCGAUUUUGUGCGCUUUAAGAUCAGGGACCUGGAGACAGGCACGGUCCUGUUUGAGAUUGCCAAACCCCCACAAACAGAGGACAACGAGGACAACGCAGAGGCGGAUGCCAGCGCGGGGCGAUUCGUACGCUACCAGUUCACCCCGGCCUUUCUGAGGCUGAGGACCGUUGGAGCCACCGUGGAAUUCACCGUUGGAAACCGACCUUUAAACAACUUCCGCAUGAUCGAGAGGCACUACUUCCGAGAUCACCUGCUGAAGAGCUUUGACUUUGACUUUGGCUUCUGUAUCCCAAACAGCCGCAACACCUGUGAGCAUCUCUAUGAGUUCCCUCAGCUGUCUGAGAGCCUGGUCCGUCAGAUGGUGGAGUGUCCUUAUGAGACGCGGUCAGACAGCUUCUAUUUCGUGGAGAACAGACUGGUCAUGCACAACAAGGCGGACUAUGCUUAUAAUGGAGGACAUGGAUAUACAACACAUGCACACACAUGAGCAUGUGCAUGCACACACGUUCUCACAUUCAUUGACUUGCAUAUAUAUUAUAUACAUACUUGCAUGCAUAUAGUCAUAUUUCGCUGAUCAGUUCCUGCUCUGACAUACAAACAGUAAGCUUUUAUUAGAAAAAGGUUCAUGUGUCUGUUUUUAAUUAUGAACAGUUCUAUUUUCAACCACAAGAGGACGCAUCGCUCCAGGGGCCACGUGAAGUCUCUAACAGACCAAAUGGUUAUUAGAUAGAUGGUUAUCUCCCCUCUUAGCCAUUUUAAAAGUGUCCUAUCGUCCCCUCAACACACACGCACACUCAAUCCCCAAGUGACGCGCAUAUUGUUCACGCAGUGUUUGUCAGAAGCAGCUGUUCUCAGAGCUACCGCCUCCACAAUCCACUCCAGAUAACACCGGGGGAGAAAGAGCGAAAGCAUCCACAGAAACACUGCUGUCAAAAACACAUGGGCACUCCAGCCAUUCCCCUCCCCGUCUACCUGCCCCCCCCCCCAGCUUUCACACGCACGCACCACACACACAUCAACAACAGUACUGUAUACGAUUUUGAUCAAAGGUCUCUGACAUCAUUGUUUUUUGCAACACAAAUCAGGUAACGGUUAACUGCAAUGUGAUUGUGACCUCUGACAGAAACCAAACACAAGGAGAUAUCCCCACGUUAUUAAUGUAGCGGCAAUCUUAACUACAGGGAAUAUCAUGCAGAAAAUACUCAUGAGUUCUGACACCACGAUGCAUGUGACGAUAUUAACCAACAAAAAGGGAAAUGGUUUGUGAGAAAUUAAAUACUGAAUAACAGAUAUACUGCGGAAAAAGUUUACGUGGUUGGGCAUCACAUCACAUGUUGAUUUUCCCCCCAAGUUGGAAUCCGUCUGGAAUUUGAGUGGUAUUUCUAGCUACAGUAAAUAGUGUACUUCCUCUUUGUACUUUGUAAACGUUGUUCAGGGUAAAAGGUGCUGUUUGUAUAUACAUACACACAUAUAUAUAUAUAUAUAUAUAUAUAUAUGGUUUGUAAAAAGUGCUUGAAGAAGAAUAAAUGUACAUUUUCAGAUAUAA